CCUGAUGAAUAAAUGCACAGCUAUGAUGGCUCUCAAGAACCCAAACACCAUCAUCAAUUUAUCUUCAAAGCCUCAUAAUCAUAUAAGAUACCUUUUAGAUAAAUGCAAGAACAUGAGAGUCCUCAAACAAAUCCAUGCUCAGAUCAUCAAAGAAGACAACUUUGAGACUCCACUUGAAGUCUCAAAAUUGGUGUCAUUUUGUGCUGUUUCACCCCAUGGAAACUUAGACUAUGCCAAAACAAUCUUUGCUCAGCAGCAAAACCCAUCUGUUGAACUCUACAAUUCUCUCAUUAGAGGUUUCUCUUCAACCAAACACCCUCUUCAAUCGCUUUUAUUGUACCAGAAAAUGCUCUAUAGUGGCUUGAAACCCAAUAAUUUCACUUACCCAUUUGUGAUCAAAGCUUGCACUGAGUCGUCAAUGAUCAAAUAUGGAAUUCUAGUCCAUACCCAUGUUGUGAAAAGUGGAUUAGAAUCCGAUUCUUACAUUCAAAGUUCAUUGAUUCAUUUGUAUGCAAGUGGGAAAGAUUUGACUGCUGCAAAAAAGUUGUUUGAUAUGUGCUCCGAAUUGGACCUAGUUUCUUGGAAUGCAAUGAUUGAUGGGUAUGUAAAAUCUGGUGAGAUGGAGCUUGCACAAGCAGUAUUUGAUCGGAUGGCGGUUCGAGAUGUGAUUUCUUGGAACACUAUGAUCAAUGGUUAUGGGAUUCUUGGGAGAAUAGAAGAUGCAAAGAGACUGUUUGAUGAUAUGCCCAAGAGGAAUGUGGUGUCUUGGAACUCAAUGUUGGCGGGUUAUGUUAAAUGUGGGAAUGUGGAAGAUGCUUUUGAUCUGUUCUCUAAAAUGCCUUAUAGAGAUGUUGUGUCUUGGAAUGCCAUGUUAGCGUGUUAUGCACAUAGCGGGAAGUCGAACGAAGCUCUUGCUUUAUUUGAUGAAAUGCAAGCGUUGGCCGUAAAGCCAACUGAAGCCACAAUGGUCAGCCUACUAUCGGCAUGUGGUCAUUUGGGUGCUUUGGAUCAUGGGUCGCAUUUGCAUUCUUUCAUCAAUUAUUACAAAAUCGAAAUCAAUUCCAUAGUUGGUACUGCCUUGGUAGACAUGUAUGCUAAAUGUGGUAGUAUUUUUCGUGCUUGUGAAGUUUUUUAUUCAAUUGAAUUCAAAGAUGUUCUUGCUUGGAACACCAUUAUAACCGGCAUGGCUAUGCACGGUAACGCCAAAGUCGCCCUACAACUUUUUGACAAGAUGCAAAAUGAUGGUGUGGCACCAAAUGAUAUAACUUUUGUAGCUGUGCUUAGUGCUUGUCGUCAUGCUGGGAUGACAGAGGAAGGUCGGAGAAUAUUAGAUUGCAUGAGGAGCUCUUAUGGGAUUGCACCCAGGGUGGAGCAUUAUGGUUGUGUCAUUGACCUUCUUGCUCGGGCUGGACAAUUGGAGGAAGCCAUGGAGCUCAUUGGGACAAUGCCUGUGGAGCCCAAUGCUAGUGCUUGGGGAGCAUUGCUCGGAGGAUGCAGGAUUUAUGGGAAUGCUCAGGUGGGUGAAACAGUGGGGAAACACUUGAUCAAUCUUCAACCGCAACAUAGUGGACGUUAUAUCCUUCUCUCGAAUAUAUAUGCUGCUGCAAAGCGAUGGGAUGAUGCAAGAAAAGUGAGAAAUCUAAUGAAAGCUAAAGGUGUUUCUAAGGUGCCAGGGGUAAGUGUGAUAGAACUAAAGGGGAUUAUUCACCGAUUUGUUGCUGGUGAUUGGUCCCACCCAGAGUCAAAUAAUAUUUAUGAGAAGUUGUGGGAGAUAUCAACACGGCUAAAGACUACAAGCGGCUAUUCACCGGAUACAGAACAAGUUUUGCUUGAUAUAGAAGAAGAAGAGAAGGAGAACACAUUGUCUGUUCACAGUGAAAAGCUUGCUAUUGCUUACGGGUUUAUUCACUUGGGUCCAGAGGAAGCCAUUAGAAUUGUGAAAAACCUUAGAGUUUGCAGAGACUGUCAUUAUGUUAUAAAGCUGAUUUCAAGGAUUUAUGGUCGGGAAAUAAUCGUGAGGGACAGGAACCGGUUUCACCACUUCAGAGAUGGUGGGUGUUCUUGCCUAGAUUUUUGGUAGGAUUUAUGGGUCUCUUCAUUAAAACUGCUAGUGACUGAUCUCCAACAGAAGAUCAUGCUUGUACAUAAUGAACUUCUACAGAUGACAUAUUCUGCAUCAACCUUCACAACCACCUUCUCCCAGAAUGAAGCCGAGUCAAAAAGCUUAAUGGCUCAAAUGCAAUCCCUCCAAAACCAGAAAACGGCCUUUUGCGUAUGAUGUUGGGGUGACUUUUCCCCUAUCUGAUGUUAGAACAGGCUGGAUUGACCCAAAAUUGUGGGUAAUGUUUUGACCCAGGAUUAUUUGGCGUUUUACUAGAAACCGUGAUUUAUACAGUUAAAAGUUGAUAUCAAACUGUAAGGAAGAUUCUACACAGAAAAGGAGAGAAAUGACUAACCACUUUCUCUCAGAAAGAAGUUGAGUUAAAAAGCUUGAAAGCUCAACUUUAGUC